GUUCCUAUAGAAAAAAUGUGAGUACAGUUGGCUUAUAUAAGUUGGAUUUUUGAGUUCGGAUUCAUUACCUACACCAAAAACCGAAGGUAUUGAAGCAAGAGUCGAUUAUCCAGUAUACUUUGAUACAAUGGCUGCUCUUCCAAACGUGAACACUGACCGGGCCCAGAAUAACAGUCCGACACCGAAGCCACCUCCACCAUCGCCUAGUGAAGGAGUUGAAACCGAAAACACCCGUGAUAUUCCUCACGACAUGUUAGUAACUGGUUGGCACGAAGCCGCGAGUCCGGACGGUAGGGUGUACUAUUUCAAUGUGUUCACACGACACAGCGUCUACCCACCAGCGUGAGCAGAAGAUGUUGCCCAACAAACCCACGUCCGAUGUGUUGUUAGCCGCCAUGAACGAUUUGGGUACUGCGCAAGACGACGCCUCGGUACCAUCCGCCGUGCCGAUGAAGCGUCUGAAGGGGAAAAUGCCAAGCAGAAAGCGUACCUUCGAACCCGAUCCUGACCAGGAGGAGAACGAGAGAAAGGCGGUCAAGUUUCCCAUCGGAGACGGUGACGUCAUGCGUUGUAGAGCACGAGUCAGACUACUCCUCAAGCGGAUUCUGGGUAAAAUAGUAAAGGAUCAGAUAGUGCGGAGGGUGUACCAUAUACAACAACAACUUCCCUGCGAAGGCUGUCAAGAGAACUGGCCCGGUCAGGACGACCACGCCUGUCUGUUUUUCGGAGACACACCAGAGUACCGCGUGGAGGACUAUGUUUCCGAACAUUAUAAACAUGUGGCAUCAUCCAUAGACGCGAAUGAGAUCUUCGAUGUAUUCUACGCCGUAUGUCAACUUUUGGUCGCCAUGGGUUUCACUCACCCGAAACUUAGCAAAGAAACUUUGAACGAUACCAUUCAGGAAAUCCUGUUGGGGUGGGAAAACGAAACCGAGGACAUCGCACAGACAUUCAAUUCGUGGUCGUUUCUCAACGUCACCAGACUCUUAGAUUUUGUUAUGACAUCUCAUUGUGCAUAA